CCCCGCCAGCUGCAUGCAUGGCAUCUUCCGAAUGCAGACUGACCGGCGCCUCCGAUACUGAACUAUCAUGGCAUUUAUGACCGCCCCCGAUGCCCUCUCUUCAGAUCUAUCUCCCCACAGAAAUCGUGGUGGAGAUUGUCUCCUACGCCGCCACAGAUGAUUCCCGCCGCCAACCCACCCUCCACGCCUGCUGCCUCGUCUCGCGCCAGUGGUACUCAGUCGCCAUCCCCUUUCUCUACGAAAGGCCGCGGAUGAGCAAAGGUGCGGCUUUCCAGAACUUCACGGCCACAAUCAGCCCGCCAAUCGGGGCCCGCAAGAACAAGUUCAACCUGGGCAAUUUGGUGCAUAAACUCGACCUCAGCGGCCUGGUCUAUCACAGCUCCAACAGUCUGACAGCGCGACUACUGGGGCGGAUAAAGGAGAAUCUGGAGGUCUUUAUUGCGCCGAGGAUCUCUUUUGCUAUAAACAGCCUCCCCGCUCUAUCCAAAUGCACCAAACUCCGAAACCUCGACCUCUCGCUCGUCAACGACCCGAUCCCCUUCUCCAGCCUGAAAAAGGCCCUCAGCAGUCUCCACAAACUGACCACCCUGCGACUCCCUCUCUCCACCACCCUGACCGACUACUCCCACCUCGCAGCCGCCGUCGACUGGCCCCCCAACCUCCAUCGCCUCCAACUCAGCGGCCACUUUUCCGCCCUCGCGAUCGCCACCUUCCCCUGGCCCCGCACCAUGACCUCCCUUACCCUCAAGAACUGCGCCGACCUCUCUUUUUCCAACCUCGCCGGCUUGAUGAGCUGCCCUCAUCUCACCACCCUGAAACGUCUCGCCAUCUCCGGCUCCAACCGCGGUCUCCAGCCCGAAUCCAUCAACUCCAUCCCCAUAUUCCUGCCCUGGUUGAUCUCCCUCAGUGUCCCGGGUGACCUGGUCAACGAUUCCUUCUUCGACAUCCUAAGCCACAUGCACCCGCCCCUCCCGCUCGAGGUCCUUGAGUUUGGACUCCCCAGCAUAGACCCCAGUGUCACCUUCCGCACGGACUCACUGGUCGCUGCGCUGGGGUAUGGCUUGGAGAAUGUGCGCUCUGUGGGGUUUUCCGAGGUGUUCUGUACCGAUCAGCGCAUUAUAGAGGAUGAGGAGAUUGAUGAGAUGCUUCUGAAGCGGUCUUCGAAGAGGAAACCCUCGCAUUCUGAGGGAUCCCAGAAUGAGGUAGAGAAGAGUGACGACGACACUGUGAUUGGGGUUUACUAUAUAUGAACAACUACUUUGCAUUGGUACAUCAGACAUAUAUACAUACUAUCUUAUAUAGAGAUGCAUCAUCCUUGUGCAUGCACUACACGGCACAUACUACUUACUUACUCUACAUCGUUGACUUUGCGAUGCUACAUCCAUGUAUUUAUU